UAAUCCAAACUCGAUAUUACGUUCUGCUGUCUUUGCUCAGAAAAACAGAAAAGAACUUACGAAAUCAAGCUUAUUGGUUUUGGUUUCUUUCAUAUAAAUAUAUUUUUAUUUCUUUCUUUAAAUUUGUUUUCAUCGAAAUCAUCUCUCGAGGUAGUGAGUGGAUUUUAUAAAGGUCGAAAAUGGGAGCUACUUUUGAACAAGUGUAGCAGAAGAACUCACUUCCCCAAAACACACACACACACACGCAUAUCUGAUUUCAUUUCUCCAUAAAACAGCGAAGCAAAAUUCAGAAGAAAAAAAAUAAAAAUUUAUUUAAAAAAAAAAAGAAAAAGAAAAGGAAGAGAGAAUAGCAAAGAGAGAAGAAGAGUCAGCAGCUUCCAUGUCUGACUCAGAGCUAGUUUUGUGCCUUUUACCAUCAAUUUUAGCUCUACUCUUGUUCUUCAUUCUCAUCAGAAGAAAGCAAAAGAGGUUCAAUCUUCCACCAGGCGAUAUGGGUUGGCCUUUUCUUGGAGAAACCAUUGGUUAUUUGAGGCCUUACUCUGCAACCUCCAUAGGAGAUUUCAUGGAACAACACAUAUCGAGGUAUGGGAAAAUUUACAAGUCGAACUUGUUUGGUGAGCCCACAAUAGUAUCGGCAGAUGCAGGGCUAAACAGAUUCAUACUCCAAAAUGAAGGAAGGUUAUUUGAAUGUAGCUACCCAAGAAGCAUAGGAGGAAUUCUUGGUAAAUGGUCUAUGUUGGUUCUAGUUGGAGACAUGCAUAGACAUAUGAGGAUUAUAUCUCUUAAUUUCUUGAGCCAUGCCAGACUCAGGACCCAUCUACUCAGAGAAGUAGAGAACCAUACUUUACUUGUUUUAAAAGCUUGGCAAGAGAAUUCUGUCUUUUCAGCUCAAGAUGAAGCCAAGAAGUUCACUUUUAAUUUAAUGGCAAAACAUAUCAUGAGUUUGGAUCCUGGAGUGCCUGAGACUGAGCAGCUUAAAAAAGAGUACAUAACUUUCAUGAAAGGAGUUGUUUCUCCACCUCUGAAUUUGCCCGGAACAGCUUAUAGAAAGGCCUUACAGUCUCGAUCAACCAUUUUGAAGUUCAUAAAUAGAAAAAUGGAUGAGAGAGUGGAGAAAAUGAAAGAAGGAAUCGAAGAUUUGGAGGAAGAUAAUGACUUGCUUGGAUGGGUUUUAAAGCAUUCUAAUCUUUCGACAGAGCAAAUCCUGGACUUAAUACUAAGUCUUCUGUUUGCUGGGCAUGAAACUUCUUCAGUUUCCAUUGCUCUAGCAAUUUACUUCUUGCCAGGUUGUCCUAGAGCUAUUCAACAGUUGAGGGAAGAGCAUACUGAAAUUGCUAGAGCUAAAAAGCAAUCAGGGGAGACAGAGCUGAAUUGGGAUGACUACAAAAAAAUGGAAUUCACACAAUGUGUUAUAAGUGAGACACUUCGGCUUGGUAACGUAGUGAGAUUUCUUCACAGAAAGGCACUAAAAGACGUUAGGUACAAAGGUUAUGACAUUCCAUGUGGUUGGAAAGUGCUUCCGGUGAUUGCAGCCGUGCAUUUGGAUCCCUUGCUUUUUGACCACCCUCAACACUUCAAUCCAUGGAGAUGGCAGGAGAUGAAGCAACAAAGUGAGAGCUCAUCGAGUAAUAAUUAUGGUAAUAAUAAUAGCUUCAUGCCAUUUGGGGGAGGACCACGGCUAUGUGCUGGGUCAGAACUGGCCAAGCUCGAAAUGGCUGUUUUCAUUCACCAUCUGGUCCUCAAUUACCACUGGGAGUUAGCCGAGAAGGAUCAAGCUUUUGCAUAUCCUUUUGUCGAUUUUCCCAAAGGUCUACCAAUCACAGUUCGCCACCUCACUUCUUGCAUAUAAUUAUCUCUUUAUUAUUGAAUUAUCCACCCCCAACCAAAAAAAAAAGUUGAUCAAUCAAAAGAGAUCCAUAUAUAUAUAUAUAUGAAAAUGUUUAUGAUCAUGAUGGUGAUGAUAUAUCUAUAUAUGUUUCUCUCUAUUGGGUCUCUUCUCCAAUGUUUGGAUAUAAUAUUAGAAACUGAUCAACUACAAGCCCCAUUUAUUGUAUGUGAAGAUAUAUUAGAUUGUUUUCUUUGGAAUUUUCCAACGGCUUA